AACAUGUCAGCAUGCAACAAAAGCAAGUGUCUAACAGCACAGAGGGAGAGAGGAAGAGAGAGAGCGAGAGAGAGAGUGGAGAGGCAGAGGAGAGAGCAGAGGCAUUAAGCAGCUCAGAGAUCAGUGGAUGCUGACAGACGCACAGCUGCUGAUGGGAAGAGGGAGACAGAACAGACCAAAUUCUCACACUCCAAAGGAGAGGUAGAGGAGGAGAGCACAUCCACCCUCCGUGUUCAUCAUCCCAGUGAUAAGGAUGGAGGAGGAGGACGGCAGCGUUUCUGCAGCUACAGAUAGACGGUUUUCGUAAUUCAGGUCACAGAAAAUGGGAGCACAGUGUAUCCUGAAGGGAAGCUUCGGCAGGUACCUUGUGAUUUCUCCGCACUCUUGCAAUGGCUGUGAGACUCAACGAGACAACAUGAGCGCAGGAGCCGAGCAGCACAACCUUUAAGUGGACACUCGAUGUGAAGUGACCUCCCGGAACGCCUCAUUUCAAUCAACGGAUGGGAGUGUUUUGCAUGUGCUGUGUGUCUGAUUGGUCUUGCCUUGCUUUUGAUCAGAGCUCUGCUCUUACUACAACCUGGACCAGAUGGGCAAUAGGAUGUUUAAAUGGAUAGCCCACUAAGAAUCCUGGACGUACAGUAGGAACCUUGAGAGCAAUUGCUGCACACCCUGUUUUUCUAUAGCUAAGAGUAAAGGAAUGAUAAUGGUUGUCUGGACUUUACAAUGAGAAUUCGCUGACAAGCAAAGACACAAAAGACCCAGGAGAAUCAAGGACAUAUGGACUGGGAGAAGAGGGACCAUUUGCUUUCUUCACAGUCACAGUCACAAAGAAAAUAUAUGAUAUAUAUAUGCUUUUGAAAUGAACAUGAUCCUAUUUUCUGUGGAUUGUCAUAUAAACCAAAAAGACAAUAGAGAGCCAAAGUCGUGACACUUCUUCCAGGUUAGGGUUGUUACGUUUUUUUUUUCCGAUAUCUACGCCAUUCGGUACUCCCUGUCCACUCUCAUAGCUUCGGCCACUUGACAGGCUUGGGCUUGUGGAAAACGGCGUUCCUGAAAGGAAUUAUUGAAUAAGUAUUUCCAUCGUUGUCUAGACAAAUGUAGAGGAGGGUGCACAACCUACUGUUGAUCGAGGGUUUUAGGGCUUUCAAUCUGUGCCAGCCCAGUAAAGUUAGCAUCACAUACCCACCAAAAAGGACCAUGGAUUUCAAUAGGAGCCAGGACUAUGGGUCCUAUCCAACAGGGCUGCCAUAUAACACAAGCAUGGACUAUGAGGACUACUACCAGGAUCCUGACGCCAGUAAAAUCAUCAUCCCAUCCAUCUACGCUCUUGUCUGCUGCGUAGGUCUUACUGGCAAUGCCAUGGUCAUCUACGUCAUUCUGAAAUAUGCCAAAAUGAAAACAGCUACAAACAUUUACAUCCUCAACUUAGCAAUCGCUGACGAGUUGUUCAUGUUAAGUGUUCCUUUUCUGGCCACAUCGGCUGCCAUCCGCCAUUGGCCCUUUGGGUCGCUGAUGUGUAGGUUGGUGCUGAGUGUAGAUGGUAUCAAUAUGUUUACAUCAAUCUUCUGCCUGACUGUGCUGAGUGUGGACCGUUACGUAGCAGUGGUCCACCCUAUCAAGGCCGCCCGCUACCGUAGACCCACUGUAGCCAAAGUAGUCAAUGUGUGUGUAUGGGGGCUGUCACUCAUCGUCAUCCUGCCCAUCAUCAUCUUCGCAGACACUGUCCCGGCGCAAGACGGUGGUGUGGACUGUAACUUCUUGUGGCCUGAAUCGGCAUGGUCAGAAGCAUUCGUGGUCUACACCUUCCUGUUGGGGUUUCUGCUGCCGGUCGGAGCCAUCUGCUUGUGCUACUGUUUAAUGGUGGCCAGGAUGCGAGCAGUGGGGCUAAAAGCAGGCUGGCUUCAACGGCGGCGCUCGGAGAAGAAGAUCACCCGCAUGGUGCUGCUAGUCGUUGCGGUGUUCGUUCUCUGCUGGAUGCCCUUCUACAUCGUCCAGCUGAUCAGUGUUUUCCACCGGCCCCCAGACCCCAUGGUCACUCAACUUUUUGUCAUCCUCAGCUACGCCAACAGCGGCGCCAAUCCUAUCCUGUACGGCUUUGUGUCCGACAAUUUCCGGCGUUCAUUCCAGCGCAUUGUGUGUUUCCGGUGGCUGGAGUCUGGGCUGGAUGGGGAACAGGUGGAUUACUGUGCUGUAGCUUUGAAGAGACAAGCAACAUGUAACCCUCUGGAUUUCCCCAAGGACUGUAUGGCUUCUGAUAUGGUGUUUCGCAAUGGGACAUAUACCUCCCGUACAACCACAGUGUAACCAGAACCAGGCUAAACAGGUAGCCACGACCUAAAGAGGAGUAUUUCCACCUGUAGGGGGCAUACAGGGGAUAUUGAAAUUUUAUUUUUAUUCAUAUAUGUUAUAAAAACUAAACUACAUAUGUUUCAAAUAUAUCAUCAUUUCUAUGUAAUAUCCCCCAGAGUGGCCCAUACAAAAAUGGACUUGACAACAUGUAAACUCCUUAAUGAUAAGGGUCAUGAGAAUUUUAGGACAUGGGCCACAAAGUUGAGAAACUCUGAAGGGCAACUAAUGGAUGAGCGGAAAACGUACAAUUCCGCUGGUUGACAUAUUGAGAGAAAAACUGACAAUGAAAAUGAUGUAUAUAACUGUCAGGAUCCCACGAUUUUUUUUCUGUUUUCAAGUGGGCAAGGAUGUAAAGCACAGGUGAAUGUAAGCACAAAAUGGUAAUGCUCAUUAACAUUUUGAUUCUGUUGCAUUACUUAUAGCCAGCCCAAGGCAUAAGAUGCUGCUUAGGUACCCCAUAAAUUAAUUACAAAUUUGAAAUCCCGUGUUCAUUUGUUAUAAUGUAAUUGUUUAUUUACAGAUACACUCCAGUAAAGUAGCCAAUGGCACCCUCACAGUCAUGAAUUAUACGGUUCACAGAUGUGUUUCAUCAAUUAAAAUGGAAAUUUAUUUUGGUCUGUAAGUAAUUAAAUAAACUAUUAGGCAAAAAAACAAAACAAUUCCCAAAUAAAAAAAGACAAUACAACAACAGAGUCAUGUCAUACUCACUAUUCUGCAGCUCAUAGUUGUUGUUUUUUUAAACACAAUACUGUUUUCAUUCACUAAUUAUUUCUAAUUACGUCUACUCUACUUUUUCAUCUGUUAAGUUACAGUCAAUGAAACUCAACACUGCAGAUGUUUCAAAUUAAAAGCCUGCACUAUUAACCAUGCCAACAUGCCAUUCUGAUCAUACAUUUUCAUAUUAGUUUAACAAAUUAUUAUCAUCUUAACUUUUUUUUUUUAACAUAGGUUGUCAUUAUUAUUGUCACAUUAUUUUCAACCUUACACAUUCUCAAGUCAUAUUGGUUUUCACCCAUUUUUAACAACUUUUGGAUACUUUCAGGUUCAGAAUUAUUUUAACUGUAAUUGUGCUAUUUUAAAAUGUAAAAAAUGAAUUCAAAAGCCUUUAAUUUAAUAACCAGUGAUUUUCUUUAUACUUCUUAUGGCUCUCUUUUGAAGUAUUCUUACAGUUUUGCAGUAGACAGAGGAUUUAUAUGUAGUUUCCAGCACGAUUUAUUAUUUGUUGUAAUUUUCCAAAAUGUAAUUAAAUCCACCCUUUCAAUUUUAACAUCAUUUAUCAUAAGUCUGCUUUGUGAAAUUUGAUAUAUGAUUACCAACAAUUAUAAAUUCAGACGUAGUUAAAAUCAAACAUUAAACAUUUCAGUUUAUUUUCCACAGUAUCCAAAAGUUGUUUAAAAUUCUUACCAUGACAAAAUAAAUGUAUAUAAUUU